AUGCAGAAGUUGUGUUUGCCACAAUCGGUCUUAAUGGUUUUUCACCACGCGAUGUCUAUGGUGGCCUGGCCGUUUGCCAUCGAAUAUGAUUUCUGCAGCCGCUACGUCGUUGUAAUGUUGGCAUAUGAAUUCUCAAGUGUGUUUCUUCUGUCAAAUUGGUUCAUAUCGACGGCUGGCUACAAACGCAGCAUGAUGUAUAUUGCAAGCGGAGGCCUUUUCACGCUUUCUUUCAUUAUCAUCCGUCUGGUCGGGGCGGUGCCUCAAUUCUUCAACCUCUUCGAGACAAUGCCAUGGUUUCAGACAGCCGCCGAUUACCCAGGCGUGUUGGGAUGGAUGCCCGCAUGGUCUUUCGUGCUUCUUCUCCCACACGUACUCAACGCAAUGUGGGGGCGGCAAGUCGUGGAGGGUGCCCUGAAAAUCCUAAGAGGUGACCAGGGGGAGAAAGAGCGAGCGCCCGCAAAAGCUCCUGAUCCUCCUUACCAGCCUGUUGCAGAAUAA